AUACCACCUGCUGACAGUAAUAUAUCCGAUUAUCUCUACGUCUUGCUUACGGCAAUAAUAAUCACGUUUACUCGCAAACGUCCACAAUGCCGUUAAUACGCUCUUGCUGAGAGACACCCGAAUCACCAAACGACGCGGAGACGCGAACGAGAGAGAAAGAGAGAUAGACAUAUGUUUGUCGUUGCUGUUAUCGCUCCGCCGAUUCCGUCUGCGGAGCCACGCGAUUCCGUGACACAUCCGUUUAUCCGUCUCGCCGACGAAAAUUCGCUCUCGUUCAUUCGCUCGUUCGUCAUUCUUUCUCUUGGCAAGGGCUCGCGCGCAAUUGUAGAAAAAUCGCUCCCUAUCUCUGUCUCUCUCUCUUGGGAGAACAAAGCCGUACGUCGUUAUCGGGCGAGAGAGAGAGGAAAGGAAACAACGUCCAUCCGCCGUUCGUUCGUUUGCCGAAAAAUCGUGCUCUCGUAAUCGAAAAAUCGCAGAAGUGAAAGCGUCAUCAUCAGCGGGCGGGGCUGGGGGUGGAGGGACUGGGAAGACUUGUCAGCGGAAAAGAGCCGCGCUUUUCUUUUCCCCUCUUUUUUUUUUGUCUCUCUUCCGACGGGAUCCAACGAGUACGCACGCGCGCGUUCCAUUUUCAGCGCGUCGCACUUCCGUUUCGGACGCGACAAAGGUCGUACACGCAACGGCGUCACACUCACACACAGAAACGUCGACGUGGGGGGCAGAACAGACAGACAGACGGGCAGGCAGGGCGAAGUAGGUAGAAAGAUAAUCGAUCACGGGAGAGAGAAAGAGACGCCCACGAGCGUUCGUCGCCUGGAUGAGCCGUAUGCCACGUCAGCCAGAAUGACGUCGUUCACGCGACGGCGAGAAAAGGAGGAUCGCGCAAUGAUCUGACCGAGAUCCAUUUGCUUACGGGCUUUUUGGGAGAGAGAAAGAGAGAUCCGCUCUCGCCAGUGAAAAUUGCAUUCGCCUGUCCACGGCGAGGGAGAGAAAAAGAGGGUAAAACCAAGCAACCGAAAGUGCGAUAUUCUCAUUCAUUCGGUAGGAGAAACUUCUGAAGGGACACAAAAAAAAGACCGCAUCCGGGAAAGAUCCGCGGGAGUCCUUUGUGCGAGGGAAAACCUGGGGCGAAGCCCGUUCUCGGUAAAUCGAGCCGGUUAACAGUCGUAAGUUCGUAAAAACAGAAUCGGUGCGCGUGAGAGAAACAGAGACAGAGACAGAGAAAGAGAGAGAGAUACGACGGAGAAAGGGAGAAAGAAAGAAAAAAAAAAAAAACACGAGUAAUCUUUUAAUGCGUACAUUCGACGCGCGGGGAGCAGCGUUUUGUUAAGCUCCUACAAAUGCUAGCAUUCGGGCAGCGCGAUUAUUACGCCAGAGCAAAGACCUGUCGAGUGUGGUCGGGCGAAUCGAUCGCAUGAUCGCCGUUUCCCCCCGGCUGAUCGGACGGACGGCCGCAAGUGCUGAAUAUUAGAGAGAACUUGUUCACUCCGGGGCUUACUCCGUGAGCGCAAUAACACAGAUCGAGAUCGAUCUGCGGAACCCGCAAUACGAAAAUGGCAGUAGAGAGUGUUUCCGCGGCAGAGACUCUAAUCCAAAGCAGUAAUGAUAAUGAUUUGGAAGAUGGUGAGAUUCCAUCAGACGAAGAUGAUGAGCCAAGCACUUGUGCAGCAAAUGACGCUGCGCAACCAACAGAGACUGCCAAGCCGAUGCCAAAGCCAGAUUCUGGAAAGAAUAAGAAUUUUGAUGCAAAAUUCAACAAAAGCAAAAAGCAGCAGUCUGCACAAGCAGUUGGUAAGCAUGAUCGGUUUUUGAAGUACAAAGGUCCAACUGAAGAUUGGGCUGGAGAUGUCGAGAAAGCCAUCAAGGCUGCGAUGGAAGAGGAUGGAGGCAGGAAUCCGGAAUCGAAGACAAAGAAGAACAAUAGGAACAAAGUUCGGAAGAGAAUACGCGAUGAGAGAGAGGAAGAUCGUGUUAAAGAUCAAAAGAAACGAAAAUUGAGUGAUGACGAGAACACCAAUGAGGAUGAAGAUGAAAUGCUGUUUGUACGAGGUGCCUCGCCUAUCAGGAAGGAGAAUUCUCAAGAAAAUAAUUCUCCCAAGCGUGCUAACGAGCACGAAACUUUUGACAACAAUUCGGAUUAUGAAGAAAGGCCUAGUGUAAAUCGGCACAGAGAAAAUGAAAACAAACGCAGCAACCAACGUGGAGGAGGCGGUGGUGGCGGAGGAGGCGGUGGCGGGGGAGGAGGCGGGCGUCGCGGUGGUAAGAACGAACGAGGUAAAAACAAGGCUCGGGGCCAGAAUCGAAACGACCGAAAUGGUCGUAGGCAACAGAACAACGAUCAAGAUACUGACACGAUUUGUGUAUAUUAUAUGCAAGGAAAGUGUCAUAGGGGAGACGAGUGUCCGUUUUCUCAUAACGCCCUGCCACCCAGAAAGAUGGAAUUAUGCAAGUUUUAUCUCAUGGAUUGCUGUGCAAAACGAGAUAAAUGUCUAUAUAUGCACCACGAUUUUCCAUGCAAGUUCUUCCAUACCGGUUUAAAAUGCAUGCACGGCGAUAAUUGUAAAUUCUCACAUCAGCCUUUAAGUGACCAGGUGAAGAGCAUUCUCUUGAAACACUUGGAAACUGCGCCGAAGGAAAUUCUUGGUGAUUUUCCACGAUUAAGCCGAGAAGGUGCAAUGUUAAUGAUAAACAAUACUGCACGUAGUUUAGCACAAGGCCAAGACACGGCAAAUCAGAAAAUUCCCAGUCUGUUGGAAUUGAAUUUAUCAGCAUCUACAGAAAAGAUGGAUGAAAAAGAAGAAAAAGAAGAACAACACAACCAACAAAAGGCGCACGCGAGAGAGAGGAAACCUUCCGGAAAGAAGACGCGAUGGGGAUCGGACGAGGACAGAGUUCCUUACGAGCAGAUUAUGCUAAUGCAAUCGGCAAACGAAUUCGGUCUUCAACUUCCAAAUGCCGCAUUAGGUUUGGCCACACAGCAACAAAAAUCAAUGGCGCCUCUAGAUUUCUAUAGCGAAAGAAGUAUGGAAUCAAGUAAAGCUGUGCACAAAUCGAAAGAAGAUUUUACGAAGGACGUUGGAGAAGAAGACAUAUUGGACGAGACGAAAAAGAAAAAGGAUGUUGACCUGAGGCAAUUACUGAACGCAAAGAAAACACCAUCCGUUAUGAUAGCGGACAAAGUAGCGAAUCUAACGAAAAACAAACCCGAUGACGAGAGCGAUCAAGACGAAGAAUCGGAUCUUGUUAUCGAGAUGCCAGCCGAAGAUGAGGAAAGAGGAAGAAAUCCUGAUGAAGAAAGUGAUCAAUUUCACAACAUUUCCUUCUCGUCUUCUUUGGAGGAUCAUGAGGUCGCGCCGCCUCAUUUGCCGAAGAAGGCGCAAGAGUUGUUCAUGCGAAUACAGCAACAACAACGCGCGGCGCAGGAUAGCUUUAAGAAUUUGGAGAGCGAAUCCGACUCGCGUCGCACCGAUCAAAUCAUUGAGGAUUGGUAUUCGGACGAUGAGGACGACGACGACGACGACGAUGAAAGCGGCCAUCUCACCAUAGUCGACAGUUCAAAGGACGAUAUUGAGUCCACUGAGAAGACCCAGAACGUCGUCGUGGACGACAUCCAAUCGACACCACCCGCGCCGAACAUACCUCAACCGGCAGUAAUCGUGGACAAACUAGGCGACUUGAGCAAGAUCGACAUCAGCGCUGAGGUGUCCAAGCUGCUGUCGAGCUUGAAAGCUCAGAGCUCGACGGGCGGUAAAACCCAGCAAGCAUCGAGUCAAGACGCGAAGGCUAAAUCGACGCAAGAUUCCAAGAUGGACGGCGAGACGUCGUCGAGUCCGAGACGGUCGCCGGGCCCGAGUUCCAUGCCUGUAUCCAGAGAUCCGCGGAUGUCCAAUCGCGAUCCCAGACAACGUCGGGCGGAGGCGGAGCAGAAACCAAGUAGCCCAAUCAUAUCUGACGUCAAGAAAGAGAAGCCGCUUAGAUUGGAAACGAGUAUCUACAGUUCCGGCAUCACGUCGGUGGACGCAAACAUGGAUACGGAUCUCCGGACGAGGGCGGAUCAGGAUCUCAGGCGGCAGGACAUGGACUUCCGGCAGCGUUUCCAGACUAGCGAUUUCGGCGAUACGGAUCUUCGCGUCAAGUCCGACGUGGAUCUGCGGCAGAUACUUAGCCUGCCGUUCAAACCAGCUCCCUCGCACAUACCGUGCACCGAGAUCAACGCGAGUAUCGCAUCGCAUCCGCCGAUGACGUACAAGGUGUACGUGGUCGACAUACCCAGGCCGGAUUACACCGGUCUUAAGCUGACGAAGAACGAUGAGCAGGUCAAAUACGAUCCACGUCUUCGCAAGAUCUUCCGUAUCGCCAAGCCCGAGCAGCUGGCUGACUCGCCGAUGUCGCCGCCGCCGCAGAUGAAGCAAGAAACGCCGAAAUCACCGCCGCCGACGCAGUGCGUCCGCUCGGAUCCGCGACGGAAGACGCUCGAGGCGGCCGCCUCCAGUCAGCAAUCUUCGCAGAACGCGAUGAACGCUUCCAUGAUGGCCAAGGGUAUGCAGCCGCAGCCAAUGGACGCGAUGGGGCCGAACAUGGGUCUUGGCCCGCCCGGCAUGCAGGUGGGGCCGCCCGGCAUGCCCGCCGGUAUACCCGGCCCGCCGCAGAGCAUGAUGGGCCCGAUGGGCCCGAAUCAUCCGAUGGGCAUGGGCAACAUGGGACCGAUGGGGCCGAUGAUGAAUCCCGGACCCAUGCCGCCGCAGAAUAUGCCGCCCAUGGGCAUGCCGCCCGGCGCGGCGAUGGGCAUGAACGGACCCGUCGCGAUGCCGCAGAAUCAGAUGAACUUCGAUCCGCGAUUCAACGUGCAGCGCAACAACGGCGCUGGACUCUUGGGCCCGGCCCCUGUCAACUUCGGGCCGGACAAUUACGAGGGCGGCGGGCCUUAUCCCGGCAACUUUAACAACUUCGGCGGGCCUGGAGGUCCCGGCGAUUCCGGUAUGAUGGGCUUCAAUCCGAACGCGUCGAACGGACCGAAUUUCGGCCCGAUGGGCGGCGACGGCCCGGAUUGGGUCGCGGGCGGCAACAGACAGCGCGGCGGCCGUAUCCGUCGGCGGAAUCGCAACCGGACCAACAUGGUAACCAACAAUUGAAAGGCGUAGUAAGGAAAGUAGGUACAUAGACUGAGUACCUGAUGACAAUUCUCACGAGCGAUAGCGAGUGUAUGCAUUGCGUAUCACUCUCGAUCGCACAUUCAAGUCUUUCCGAUUUCCUUUUUUGGUGGUGUUAAAACAUAACGGCGGCAUACUUGUGUAGCUCUAAAAAUUUAUUCUUUAUAAAUUUGUAAACCAGUUUAUAUAAACUUAAAUAUUUAUACGAUUUCUUUUAUUAUUC